AUGGAGGCCAGCAAAGACUUCACAGUGUGGGAAUUCUUCAGCGAACUCCUGAAAGCUGAGUCGGUCUCUCGAAUCGCCCGGCGUCUGAGACCCGCGACCCCGCCGGUGCGCGCACAGGGGGCCUUUGUUGGCCCGACGGGAGCGGGCCUCGCGGGGCGACGCCCGCCUCACCUUACCUGGCGCCUCCGCCCGCCCAGACGCCCGGCCCCGCAACGCGAGAUAAACGGGCCCAGACCCCCACUCCACCCGUCCCCACCCCCGCGCCCCAGCCCUGGCAGCCCGGGACGCGAGGGCUACCGGGCGGGAGGCCCGCUCUCACCUUCCGCGCUCGCUCAGCUCCUCUCGGCUCCUCCUGCUCCUCCUCCCGGUGGUGGGUGCCGCCUAGCCGGGAGUGAGAGCGCGAGUGUGCGCGAGCUACCGCUUCACUUUCUCCCUCCUGCUGCCGCCGCGCCGCCCGUGCCGCGGAUCCCCUCAGGACAGGGGAACUGCGAGGGAAGGGAUGAUGGGGGGGGAGGGAGCGAGGCGACGCGGGCGGGGGGGGGGAACGGGGGCGCUGAAGGGCGAGGUGCUAAGGGCUCGGAUGGCCUCUGA